AUGCCAUGGAUAUUCUCUGCCCUGGCUGGUUCAUUGUCCCUAUCGCUUUUCUCGUGCGCUGGCUCACCUCCUUGUCUCCACGUGCUCUCCUCCCCGUCCUUGCAGAGGCACAUAGCUGAGGUGACACUGGGGCACAACGCAUGGGCGUGGGGAGGCCAGGAGCUGCAGAGGAGGUGCAGAGGAGAGGAGUUCGGGCCUUCAUGUGGAGCGAGGAGGGCGAGGGGGCAGCGCGGCGGGGCAGCGAGAGGAGCUUAUCUGCUUAAUCCCCGCCUUCCUUCCCUUCAGGUCGACUCGUGGGGCGAGGAGGGCGAGGGGGCAGCGCGCGCGCAUCAAGAGGCGUCCCUCUGCUUAACCCCUCCCUUCCAUUCCCUUCAGCAUGGCGGGCAGCGUGGGGACGACACGGCGGUGAGGUGCUGCUUCAUCGCUGCAGCGAGGUAA